UGGAAGUGGUGGGCUGAGCGUUCCCACUGUGGCCUGCUGGGCAGGCUGGCUGGGGGUGAGAGGAGGUGGUCCUGGCAGGAGGAGGGGCCUAGGGCCUUCUCUGUCCCCAGUGUGCCCUGCUGCUGGGCCGAGAGAGGUGUGUUGGAGGAUGUCCGUGCCAGAUGGAGGCUGGCCGUGCCCCACCCGGCGCCAUGAGCGAGGCCCGCAGGGACAGCACAAGCAGCCUGCAGCGCAAGAAGCCGCCCUGGCUGAGGCUGGACAUCCCGGCUGUGGUGCCCCCAGCAACAGAGGAACCCGGCUUCUUCCAGGUAGGCGCUGCUGGGCAGAGGCUGGGCGUGUGCCCCGUCCAGCCUCCUCACUGUGACCCCACGGCGCAGCCCCUGAGACGCCAGGCUUUCCUGCGGAGUGUGAGUAUGCCUGCCGAGACGGCCCAUGUCCCCGUGUCCCACCAUGAGCUCCGGCGGCCGGCGCUGCAGCGCCAGACGUCCAUCACGCAGACCAUCCGCAGGGGCACCGCGGACUGGUUCGGAGUGAGCAAGGACAGUGACAGCACCCAGAAGUGGCAGCGGAAAAGCAUCCGCCACUGCAGCCAGCGCUACGGAAAGCUGAAGCCCCAGGUCAUCCGGGAGCUGGACCUACCCAGCCAGGACAACGUGUCUCUGGCCAGCACUGAGACGCCCCCUCCGCUGUACGUGGGGCCAUGCCAGCUGGGCAUGCAGAAGAUCGUAGACCCCCUGGCCCGGGGCCGGGCCUUCCGCGUGGCGGAUGACACGGCCGACGGCCUGAGUACCCCGCACACGCCUGUCACGCCUGGUGCCGCUUCCUUCUGCUCCUUCUCCAGCUCCCGCUCGGGCUGCAGCCGGUUCCCGCGGCGACGCAAGCGCGAAUCGGUGGCCAAGAUGAGCUUCCGGGCGGCCGCGGCCCUGGUGAAGGGCCGCUCUGUCAGGGAUGGCACGUUGCGCCGGGCGCAGCGCCGAAGCUUUACUCCUGCCAGCUUCCUGGAGGAGGACACGGCUGACUUCCCCGACGAGUUGGACACGUCCUUCUUUGCCCGGGAAGGAGUCCUCCAUGAGGAGCUGUCCACGUACCCAGACGAGGUGUUCGAGUCCCCUUCGGAGGCAGCGCUCAAGGACUGGGAGAAAGCCACAGAGCAGGCCGACCUCACGGGUGGGGCCCUGGACCGCAGUGAACUUGAGCGCAGCCAUAUGAUGCUGCCCCUAGAACGAGGCUGGCGGAAGCAGAAGGAGGGUGGAGCAGCGGCCCCGCAACCUAAGGUGCGGCUACGGCAGGAGGUAGUGAGCACGGCGGGUCAGCGGCGGGGCCAGCGCAUCGCGAUGCCCGUGCGCAAGUUCUUUGCCAGGGAGAAGCGGCCGUACGGGCUGGGCAUGGUAGGCCGGCUCACCAACCGCACUUACCGCAAGCGUAUCGACAGCUAUGUCAAACGUCAGAUCGAGGACAUGGAUGACCACAGGCCCUUCUUCACCUACUGGCUCACCUUCGUGCACUCGCUCGUCACCAUUCUAGCCGUGUGCAUCUAUGGCAUCGCGCCUGUGGGCUUCUCGCAGCAUGAGACCGUGGACUCGGUCCUGCGGAACCGCGGCGUCUAUGAGAACGUCAAGUAUGUGCAGCAGGAGAACUUCUGGAUCGGGCCCAGCUCGGAGGCUCUCAUUCACCUCGGUGCCAAGUUCUCGCCCUGCAUGCGCCAGGACCCGCAGGUGCACAGUUUUAUCCGCGCCGCGCGGGAGCGUGAGAAGCACUCGGCCUGCUGCGUGCGCAAUGACCAGUCAGGGUGCGUGCAGACAUCGGAGGAGGAGUGCUCGUCCACACUGGCAGUGUGGGUGAAGUGGCCCUUACACCCCAGUGCCCCAGACCUUGCCGGCCACAAGAGGCAGUUUGGCUCUGUCUGCCACCAGGACCCCAGGGUGUGUGAUGAGCCCUCCUCAGAGGACCCCCACGAGUGGCCAGAUGACAUCACCAAGUGGCCGAUCUGCACCAAAAACAGCGCUGGGAACCACACAAACCACCCGCACAUGGACUGUGUCCUCACGGGCCGGCCCUGCUGCAUUGGCACAAAGGGCAGGUGUGAGAUCACCUCCCGGGAGUACUGUGACUUCAUGAGGGGCUACUUCCACGAGGAGGCCACACUGUGCUCGCAGGUGCACUGCAUGGAUGACGUGUGUGGGCUCCUGCCCUUCCUCAACCCUGAGGUGCCUGACCAGUUCUACCGCCUGUGGCUGUCCCUCUUCUUGCACGCUGGGAUCCUGCACUGCCUGGUGUCCGUCUGCUUCCAGAUGACCGUCCUGCGGGACCUGGAGAAGCUGGCAGGCUGGCAUCGCAUCGCCAUCAUCUACCUGUUAAGUGGUGUCACCGGUAACCUGGCCAGUGCCAUCUUCCUGCCAUACCGAGCAGAGGUGGGCCCAGCCGGCUCGCAGUUUGGCAUCCUGGCCUGCCUGUUCGUGGAGCUUUUCCAGAGCUGGCAGGUCCUGGCCCGGCCGUGGCGUGCCUUCUUCAAGCUGUCGGCUGUGGUCCUCUUCCUGUUCACCUUCGGCCUGCUGCCCUGGAUCGACAACUUCGCUCACAUCUCGGGCUUCAUUAGCGGCCUCUUCUUGUCCUUUGCCUUCCUGCCCUACAUCAGCUUCGGCAAGUUUGACCUGUACCGCAAGCGCUGCCAGAUCAUCGUCUUUCAGGUGGUCUUCCUGGGCCUCCUGGCCGGCCUGGUGGUCCUCUUCUACUUCUACCCCGUCCGCUGUGAGUGGUGUGAGGUCCUCACCUGCAUCCCCUUCACUGACAAGUUCUGUGAGAAGUACGAGCUGGACGCCCAGCUCCACUGAGCUGGCCGGGGCCCUGGGGCUGUGGGCCCCAGCAGGGCCAGGGCCGGGCACACUGUCCGCCCCGAGCCUCACAGGCCACAGGACUCGGCCUGCGAGCCCUGUAUGCGGGCCGGCCCGUUUCCUGAACACUCACCUCUUGUGCCUUGUUCGCCGCUGGUGAACGUCGUCUCGUACUUCGGGGCAUUUAUUAUACUAGUUCCCAUGAUUACCUUCUAACUAGUUUCUGGACGACCACCUCAUGUGGCCAAUAAAUGGACCGGGAGCGUUUUAGCUGCCACUAACUUAUCA